AUGCCAAGAGACCCCUUGAUCGGCCUGGUUGGAAAGCCUUCCAGCGGAAAAUCCACAACGCUGAACAGUCUGACAGAUGCCAGUUCGAAAGUUGGGAACUUCCCAUUCACAACUAUUGACCCUCAGCGCGCCAUUGGAUAUCUUCAAAUAGAAUGUGCCUGCAAACGCUUCAACGUUUCAGACAAAUGCAAGCCAAAUUACGGUAGUUGCGUUGACGGCCGCCGUUCCGUCCCUAUCGAGCUUUUAGAUGUUGCGGGUCUCGUUCCUGGAGCACACCAGGGUCGCGGCUUAGGGAACAAGUUCUUAGAUGACCUACGUCAUGCGGAUGCUUUGAUUCACGUGGUGGAUGUUAGUGGAACAACUGACGCAGAAGGAAAGGCGACGCGCGGAUAUGAUCCAUCGGUAGACAUCGAGUGGCUACGGUCUGAGAUUGUGCGAUGGGUCUUGGGCAAUUUGAUGCAAAAAUGGUACGAUAUGAUCAAGGGUGACCCUGGGACUUCUUUGUGUUUGUCCCACGAUGCUUACGGUCAUACGCAGGGGUUCUAUCAAGAGAAGACAUGUUGCGACAAGUCAGUCAAUGCGGCGUUCCCGAAAAUCGAUCGAAGUGUAUUGACUGUGGAUGCAGAAUCGACGGCAGUAGAUACAUUACAAGGCCAAUUUUCCGGAUAUGGAAGCACAUCGGCGACGGUUGCGCGCUGUCUGGAUAGAAUCGGUCUGAAAGAACCUCUAGAGGAAUGGUCGGACGAGACGAUUGAGCGGGUAGUCCAGGCUUUUAUUGAUGAAAAGUUUCCUACGGUUUUCGCACUGAACAAGAUUGACCAUCCUGACGCGGACAAGAAUAUCAGCAAGAUCGCCAAGAUGCAAGAUCCAAAGUCAAUAGUGCUAUGCUCCGCGAUAUCAGAGGUUUUUCUUCGAAAAUUGGCGAAACAGGGUUACAUCAAGUAUACAGAAGGCAGUGAGUUUUUGGAUACACGAGAAGAUCUCAUAGAGAUGGGCGAUCCCGAUGGUGGCGGUCUAAAAGAGAUGGACGAAAAGUUGAAGAACCGUGUUGAGAACUUGAAAGACAUGGUUCUCUAUCGCUUUGGUUCCACUGGAGUGGUGCAGUGUCUCUCGCGAGCAGCGGAACUCUUGGGACUCGUGCCUGUUUUCCCAGUCAAGAACGUGCACACAUUUUCGUCUGGAUCCGGAAAUGCGGUGUUCAGAGAUUGCGUUCUGGUUAAAAAAGGAAGCACGGUAGCCGACGUUGCCCACAAGGUUAUGGGUGACAUUCCUAUAUCUUACAUUGAGGGUGUUGGCGGCACCAGGGUGUCUGAGGAUGAAAUAGUCGAAGUAGGGAAGCAUGAUGUCCUUUCGUUCAAACCUGGCCGAUAG